CUCUUCGACAGCCCACAACAAGCUUCGCCCUUCUUGGGUCCCGAGGCUCAGUCCCCGAGUUUCCGUCAACUUCAUGUUCUACUUGAACCCAUAAUUCGGCAAAUACACUCAUUUGCAUGCCGAUUUGGCUUUGACGAAAUACUCACCGAGGAUAUGAUAAACAAGAGAUCCGCCUGGGUUCUAGUUCAUUACGCCGAGACGGCUCAGUGGUUAGAGCGCGAACGUACUGACCGGAAGGUUCGUCGUUCGAACCCCACCUCUGCCUCUCAACUUCUCCUGUCUAGGUUUGGGCAACUUGGCAGUAUCCAAGCCUUCGUGGUUCCUUCUGGUGACAAGGCUGCCAGGCACCGAAAAGGUGCUACAGCUGAACGACUUCGAUUUUUCUUCGCAUUACGCUGUCAAAGCAUUCAAUCAAAACAGGUUCCAAAUACACUUAUUUGCAAACUAAUUCGGUUUCGCAAGAGACUCACCUGGAACCCAGCUGAAUCUCUCGCUUGUGACGUUUCCAGGCAACUGAGUGUGCUGCGCCAGGCCGCCUCAUGUUUCAGUCGCUACGAUAUUCGAGAUAUCGCGAUACAUGGACACUCG